CGACAAAACAAAACAAAACAAACGAAUAUAACUAGAGAAACGAGGCAAACAAGGUCCAAGUCGGGGAGGAGAGAUGGCAGGUCUAGCAAGGCCACAGUUCGUGCUGUUUGGGUCAUCAAUUGUUCAGAUGAGCUUCAGCAAUGGCGGAUGGGGUGCUAUUCUCGCCGACAUCUACGCUCGUAAGGCGGACAUAGUGUUGCGAGGAUAUUCAGGUUGGAACUCCAGGCGAGCUCUCCAAGUUCUCCAUCGACUCUUCCCCAAAGACGCCGCCGUCCAGCCUUCCCUCGUCGUCGUUUACUUCGGCGGCAAUGACUCAAUUCACCCGCACCAAACAGGGCUCGGCCCUCACGUCCCUCUUCCAGAAUACGUCGACAACAUGACCAAAAUCGCCCUCCAUCUCAAGAGCUUAUCCGACAAGACCCGGGUGAUUUUCCUCACUGCCCCUCCUGUAGCCGAGGACCUUAUGAACACAACGCUAGGUAAUGUGUUCGACAUGGUUCGGACGAAUGAGGCUUGUGGGGUUUACUCCCAAGCGUGCAUGAAGCUGUGCGACGAGAUCGGCGUAAAAGGAGUGGAUCUCUGGACUUCGAUACAGCAAACGGACAACUGGAAGAAUUGCUUCACGGAUGGAAUCCAUCUGUCGCCGCAAGGGAGCACGGUGGUGGUGAAGGAGAUUCUCAAGGUCAUCAAGGAAGCAGAAUGGGAGCCUAGCCUCGACCGCAGAUUCAUGCCGGUCGAGUUUCCAGAAGAUUCGCCAUACGAUAUGGUUGGUAACGAAGGGAAGACUAUCAAUAUCUGCAAUUUCGACUUCAACAAAAUUGCUCUCUGGGAUUAAUGAGAGUUCACUGCCAGUAGACAGGGUUUCGCGUCAAUUCUGUCUAUUUUAAGUUUUAGCUAUCCAUCCAAUGAUGUCCCUAUUCUAUUUGUAAUUUGAUCGACUGUCCCAGGACAAGAAAACAAAGGGACAUUGUGUCGUCCAUAAUAAUGAACACAAGAAAUAAGUCAAACGUGUAAAAAAAUUGAAUCAACUCACUCGAUCAUGUCUCAUCUUUGUUUGUUCUGACGUAGUUAUAUUACAAGAGAAGGUAAGUUAAAGUUCCUACCAGAUGUGCCCCAGCCAAACAACCCCGCCUUCACCAUUCUCCCUAAAUGUGUCCAGCGACGAAGUCAUACAGA